UCCGGUCUAUCGCGUCAUGAGCCCCUAGUUCCACGGUUGGCGAUGGCCAGCAUGCAGGGCAACCUGCAGUUCCAGCGCCAGCUGGCAACGGUGGAGGAGUUGUUCCCCAACAAGCCGGACUUUGCCUCCCGACACAUUGGGCCGCGCAAAACCGACGUCGUUACUAUGCUGAACCUGAUUGGUUUCAAGUCACUGGAUGAGCUGUCCGAGAAGGCCGUGCCGGAUGCAAUCAAAUUCAAACGAAUUCUCAACAUCGAGGAUCCCUUGAACGAACACGAGCUGAUCGAGCGGAUCCAGCAGAUCAGCAACCAAAAUGAAGUGUGGCGCUCGUACAUCGGUAUGGGCUACAACAACUGCCUGGUGCCGCAUCCGAUACUGCGCAACAUCUUCGAGAACCCCGGCUGGACGACGCAGUACACACCGUACCAGCCCGAGAUCAGUCAGGGCCGGCUCGAGUCCCUGCUCAACUUCCAGACGCUCGUCACCGACCUGACGGGGUUGGAGAUCGCCAAUGCGUCCCUGCUGGACGAAGGAACUGCGGCUGCCGAGGCGAUGAGUCUUUGCUACCGACACAACAAGCGCCGGAAGGUGUUCCUGUCACGCAAACUCCAUCCGCAGACCGUUGCAGUUGUGAAGACGCGCCUUGAAGCUCUCGGCAUCGAGGUGGUGUUUGGAUCCGUCAAGGCGAUCGACUUUGGGGACCACGAGAUCUCGGGUGUGUUGAUGCAAUAUCCCGACACUUUCGGUGACGUGCAGGACUUCGAGCAGGUGUCCAAGGACUGCAAGAAGAACGGAACUCUCGUUGUCGUGGCGACGGAUCUGCUCGCAUUGACGCUUCUACGACCACCUGCGGAAUUCGGGGCCGACAUCGCCAUCGGUUCUGCUCAGCGCUUUGGCGUACCACUGGGCUAUGGUGGACCACAUGCGGCCUUCUUUGCGUGUCGGCAAAAGCUCACGCGAUUGAUUCCUGGCCGCAUGAUCGGUGUGACACGAGAUAUGGACGGUGAGGACGCAUACCGGUUGGCAUUGCAGACUCGCGAGCAGCACAUCCGUCGAGACAAGGCGACGAGCAACAUCUGUACGGCGCAAGCCCUGCUCGCCAACAUGGCCGCUAUGUACGCGAUCUACCACGGACCGGAAGGACUGAAGAACAUCUCGAACCGCGUACACAACUGUGCACUUGCGCUAAACGCCGGCAUCGAGAAAGCUGGCCAUCAGCAGUUGAACAAGGCGUUCUUUGACACGCUCCACGUGGUUCCGAAUGGCACGACGACCGCGGAGAUUAAAGCACGUGCUGAGCAGAAGAAGAUCAACCUGCGGUACUUCGAUGACGGUUCGAUCGGUGUAUCGUUGGACGAAACGGUCAAGACGUCUGACAUUGCGGACCUGCUGUGGGUAUUCGGAUGCCCAGACAUCGACACUUCCGUUGCCGACCCGCAGGUGACCGGACGUACGAUUCAUAAUACGCAGUUCCGGCGCACGUCACCCUUCCUGACGCAUCCGAUCUUCAACAAACACCACAGCGAAUCGCGCAUGGUGCGGUACAUGAAGCAACUCGAGAACAAGGACAUCUCGCUCGUCCACUCGAUGAUUCCACUGGGUUCGUGUACGAUGAAGCUCAACUCAACCACCGAGAUGAUUCCGUGCUCGUUCCCGAACUUCACCGAGAUCCACCCUUUUGCGCCUCGUGAACAAGCCAAAGGCUACAUGCAGAUGUUUGGCGAACUGGAGAAGGACCUGUGCGAGAUCACCGGGUACGAUAAGAUAUCGUUCCAACCGAACAGCGGCGCUCAGGGUGAGUAUGCUGGAUUGCGCGCGAUCCGCAGCUAUCACAUGUCUCGGGGAGAACACCAGCGCACGAUCUGCUUGAUCCCAAUUAGCGCCCACGGAACGAACCCGGCGUCAGCUCAGAUGGCCGGCAUGAAGGUGGAGGCGAUCCGCGUAAACAGCGCGACCGGCGUGAUCGACAUGGCGCAUCUGAAAGAGAAGGCCGAACUGCACGCAGAUCAAUUGUCCUGCUUGAUGUUGACCUACCCGUCGACGAACGGCAUCUUCGAGGAUAACGUCGUGGAGGUGUGUGACGUGGUGCACAAGCACGGUGGUCAGGUGUACCUGGACGGAGCGAACAUGAACGCGCAGGUGGGAUUGUGCAGACCGGGUGAUUUCGGUAGCGACGUGUCACAUUUGAACCUGCACAAGACGUUCUGUAUCCCGCAUGGCGGUGGAGGUCCUGGUAUGGGUCCGAUCGGUGUGAAAGCUCACCUGGCACCGUUUUUGCCGACGCAUCCGGUUAUCGAUCCGCACCCGGAGAACGAUGGUCAAAGCUUUGGAGUGGUUAGCGCGGCACCGUACGGAUCAUCUGCCAUUCUGCCGAUCUCGUGGUCGUACAUCAAACUGAUGGGAGGACGUGGUCUGCGUCGGGCGUCGCAAGUCGCCAUCCUGAAUGCCAACUACAUGUCCAAGCGACUGGAGAACCACUUCAAAACGCUGUACACCGACCCGACAACGGGACUGGUGGCGCACGAGUUUAUUAUCGAUGUGCGAGACUUUAAGAAAACGGCCAACAUUGAAGCGGUGGACAUCGCAAAGCGGCUGAUGGACUACGGGUUCCACGCGCCAACCAUGUCCUGGCCGGUGUCCGGCACGCUCAUGGUGGAACCGACGGAAUCGGAGGACAAAGAAGAACUGGAUCGCUUCUGUGAGGCUAUGAUUUCGAUCCGUAAGGAAAUUCAGGACAUCGAGGAAGGCCGAUUAGAUGUUCGAGUGAAUCCGCUGAAGAUGGCCCCACACACGCAGAAGCAAACCAUCUCGUCCGAGUGGAACCGUCCGUACCCGCGUGAGUUGGGAGCUUUCCCAGCGCCAUUUGUAAAGCCAGAGACGAAAAUUUGGCCGACUGUGGGACGAAUCGAUGACCUGUAUGGAGACAAGCAUCUCGUUUGCACGUGCCCUCCGAUGGUGCCGGAUUACGAGUAA